CUAGGCCGAGAUGUCGAGCUGUGCGGCCACCACCGCCGUCCUUCGCCUCCUCCGGGUGGGAGGAGAACUCGGCAUGGGGAAUGCGGUCCAAGAGGCUGCCGCAAGGGCUGCCGGUCCAUAGGCAGGCGGGCAGGCGGACGGGCGGCCCGGGGCCCGGACGUAAGAUGGCGGCGGCGUUGGCGGGGGGGAGGAGGAGAAGAAGGCGGAGGAGGGGUUGGCGGCUCCUGUGGCUGUCGCGAGGCUCGGGCUGUAGAGGCAGCGGGCAGUUGUGCCCGCGCUCGCGGGGCGGAUAGAGCAGCGAGCGCGGCUCCGGGCUGGCAGGACCUGGGCUCGGGCGGCCGUCAUGGGCUCCCAGGUGCUGCAGAUCCUGCGCCAGGGCGUGUGGGCGGCUCUGAGCGGCGGCUGGUACCAGGACCCGCACCAGGGCGCCGGUGUCAACGCGCUGCACCUCUACCUGUGGCUCUUCCUGCUCGGCUUCCCCUUCACGCUCUACAUGGCACUUCCUUCUUCUAUGGUGAUUGUCGCAAUCUACUGCCCAGUGAUAGCAGCUCUCUUCAUUGUUCUGAAGAUGGUAAACUACCGUCUGCACAGAGCACUUGAUGAAGGUGAAAUUGUGGAAAGGAAUGCCAAUGAGCGUAUGAACAAAGGUGCGAAAACACAGCAAGGUAACUCUUCUUCCAGGAGAAAGGACAGCAAUGGACCUAGCGAUCCUGGCGGAGGGAUUGAAAUGUCAGAGUUUGUUCGAGAAGCUACUCCACCAGUAGGCUGUAGUUCACGAAAUUCCUUUGCUGGUUUAGAGUUGAAUAAUCAGAUUGGAUCUAGUUUAUCUCGUCGUGGAACUGCAGCUACCAUUAAAGGUGACACAGACACUGCAAAGACUUCAGAUGACAUCAGUCUGAGUCUUGGCCAGAGUUCUAGUCUUUGUAAAGAAGGGAGUGAAGAACAAGAUUUGGCAGCUGAUCGGAAAACUUUCCAUCUGGUUUCCGUUGAUUCCUUCGUCUCCAUUCAGCCAUCAUUGUCAUCUGCCCAAGAGUUGCCAAGGGAUAGCAGUGACAAAGUGUGCCUCCCUAAUAGCCAUCACAUAGAUCCAUCUGUGUCUAAUGCUUGUGACACUGAAAUGGCUUCCCUUGUACCUCUGCAUUCGCACUCUUACCGGAAAGACCACAGGCCACGAGGGGUGCCAAGGACUUCUAGUUCAGCUGUUGCAUUUCCAGAUGUAUCACUAAAUGACUUUUCCCUUUAUCAGCAAAGGCGAGGGCUAGACACUGUUAGUGAAUUAGAAGCUUCCAAGCCCCGCUCUGGAUCCAAAGAAUCUAUAGCUGAAAACUCCUGCCUUUCUGGAGUCUUCCAGCUUGAUGAUAUUCUGAAAUGUAGCAGCCCACAGCUGCUGACAAAAAGCAGCAAAAGUAAAUCCUUACAAGCAGACAAAAGUGUGGAUAGUCUCAGGAGCCUGAGUACUCGGAGUAGUGGCUCAAUGGAGAGCUAUUGUAGUGGGACUGACCGUGAUACUAUCAGUACUGUCAGCAGCUACAAAAGCGAGCAGACAAGUUCCACUCACAUAGAAAGUGUGUUGUCGGAACAUGAGGAGUCAUCUAAAGAAGAGAAGAAAAGCAGCAAGAAAAAGGACUGCUUUGUUGAUUCUGAUGAUUGUAGCUUUGCUGCUGACAAAAGGACUAGUAGUGAAAGAACUGCUGUAGAAACGAGCACCAGCAGCUGCAUUCAGGAGCUGGGAGGUUUGAAUGCAUCAGAGGAUAUGCACAAUCAGAGGGCCCUUAGUACCUCUGCUUCAGAAGAAGCAAACAAGAAUCCUCAUGCAAAUGAACUGACAACACAAGCAGACCAGCCUCCUGGGAAGUCUGUUGAAAAAAGAGAGGAGCAGAAAGAGAAAUCUUCCAUGGUUGAUGCAAGAACUUGUAAGGAAAUGGUUGGAAAGCAAAAAGAGGGGGAUGUACGGCCUAAGUCUUGUAGUUUAAUUCACCGGACAGCUUCAGCUCACAAGUCCAGCAGGAGGAGGACAGGGAAAAAACGAGCUAGCAGUUUUGACACAAGUCGCCACAAGGAAUAUAUUUCCUUCCGAGGUGUAUCUGGUACCAAACCCCACAGUGCCGUUUUUUGCCAUGAGGAGGACUCAAGUGAUCAAAGUGACUUGAGCAGGACCUCAAGCAUGCAGUCAGCCCACCAGUUCAGUAGUGAUAGCUCUUCCAGCACCACCUCCCAUUCAUGCCAGUCUCCUGAAGGAAAGUACAAUGCCCUAAAGACCAAAUAUAUUGUAAGAGAGAGGGGCACAGACUUGGAAAACUCUUACAAAAUCCACUUUGGCUCUGAGGGAAAUGGCAAAAAACAUUCAACACGACGGACUUCCAGUGCAAACAGUGCCAAGAAUCGUACCAGGGUAUUAAGCUUGGACAGUGGUACUGUAGCUUGCUUAAAUGAUCCAAAUCUAAUGAUGCCAGAUACCAUAAAGCAACUGACAACGUCUAAAUCUGACUUAGAGGCCAAAGAGGGAGAGGUGCUUGAUGAGCUAUCUCUUUUGGGAAGGGCUUCACAACUAGAAUCAGUCACUCGCUCUAGGAAUAGCUUACCAAAUCAGACUAUGUUCGCUGAAGGUGAAGAGCAGGAACAGGGAAGUGUUGCAGCACAAACCAGUGAGGAGGCGGUCACAGUUCGUCGUGAACGCAGCACAUUUAGGCGUCAGGCAGUACGGCGCCGUCACAAUGCAGGGAGUAACCCUACCCCUCCUUCAUUGCUCAUCGGCUCACCCCUCAGCCUUCAAGAUGUUCAGCAAGGGCAGCAGUCCACAACCCAAGUCAAAGGCCAGUCCUGCCCCCAUUCCCAGGCAGCAGUGCUCAGCGCUAGUGCCUCCUUGCUGGUGAGAAAUGGGAGUGUCCAGUUAGAAGCAUCACAUGACAAUGCAUCUGCUGUCGGCAGCAGCAGUUUGCACGAUGAACUUGGUAAGUUCAGUUCUACACUCUAUGAGACGGGGGGCUGCGAUAUGUCGCUUGUGAAUUUUGAGCCAGCUGCAAGAAGAACAUCUAACAUCUGUGACACGGAUUCUCAUGUAUCAAGUUCUACCUCAGUUCGUUUUUAUCCUCAUGAUUUGCUUUCCCUCCCCCAGAUCAGAUUGAACAGGCUGUUGACCAUAGAUACUGAUCUCCUGGAGCAUCAAGACAUUGACCUAAGCCCUGAUCUGCAGGACCAUUUGCAACCUCAAGAGGAAGGAGCCCCCAAAGUUAAACACUAUUACCGUUUUUGGAUCUUACCCAAGAUCUGGAUUGGCAUCAAUUUUGAUAGGCUGACUCUCUUGGCCUUAUUUGACAGGAAUCGUGAGAUCCUGGAAAAUGUGUUAGCUGUCAUCUUAGCAAUCCAGGUGGCCUUCCUAGGUUCUGUACUCCUAAUAGAAGGUUUCUUCAAGGACAUCUGGGUCUUCCAGUUUUGCCUGGUGAUUGCCAGCUGCCAGUAUUCCUUGCUCAAGAGUGUACAACCAGAUUCUUCUUCACCUCGGCAUGGUCAUAACCGAAUCAUAGCCUAUAGUAGGCCCGUUUACUUCUGUAUAUGCUGCAGCCUCAUUUGGCUGUUGGACUAUGGCAGCAAGAGCACUUUUACCGCAAGGUUCCGACUGUAUGGAAUGGCUUUCACUAAUCCAGUUUUGCUGCUUUCAGCAAGGGAUUUGAUUAUAGUGUUUACACUAUGCUUCCCUAUAGUUUUCUUCAUUGGCCUUCUGCCUCAGGUGAACACAUUUGUGAUGUACCUCUGUGAACAGUUAGAUAUUCAUGUCUUUGGUGGCAAUGCCACCACAAGCCUGCUUGCAGCACUUUACAGUUUCAUCUGUAGUAUUGUGGCAGUAGCAUUAUUGUAUGGAUUGUGUUAUGGUGCCCUAAAGGAUUCUUGGGACGGUCAACAUAUUCCAGUGCUCUUUUCAGUAUUCUGUGGUAUGUUAGUGGCAAUAUCCUAUCAUCUCAGCAGACAAAGUAGUGAUCCUUCUGUGCUUUUCUCUUUAGUGCAAUCAAAGAUUUUUCCUACUUCCGAAGAUAAAAAUCCAGAAGAUCCACUGUCUGAAGUUAAAGACCCAUUACCUGAAAAACUUAAAAAUUCAGUGAGCGAACGUUUGCAGUCUGAUCUCGUUGUAUGUGUAGUCAUUGGUGUACUUUACUUUGCAAUUCAUGUCAGCACAGUAUUCACAGUAUUGCAGCCUGUCUUGAGCUAUGUUCUGUAUGCAUUGGUGGGCUCCAUAGGCUUCAUGACCCAUUACUUGCUGCCUCAGCUCCGGAAACAGCUCCCUUGGCACUGUUUUUCUCACCCACUGUUGAAAACCAAGGAAUAUUAUCAAUUCGAAGUCCGCAAUGCUGCCCAUGUGAUGUGGUUUGAGAAACUUCAUAUAUGGCUUCUUUUUGUGGAGAAGAACAUAAUUUAUCCUUUGAUAGUCCUCAAUGAACUCAGCAGCAGUGCAAAGGCUAUUGCUAGCCCAAAGAGGCUGGAUACAGAAUUUGGUGCUUUAAUGAUUACUAUAGCUGGUAUGAAGCUGCUGCGCUCCUCUUUCAGCAAUCCAACGUACCAGUAUGUUACUGUCAUUUUCACAGUGCUUUUCUUUACAUUUGACUACAAACAUUUCUCGGAGACUAUGCUGCUAGAUUUGUUCUUCAUGUCCAUACUCUUCAGCAAGGUUUGGGAGCUGUUUUACAAGCUGAGAUUUGUAUACACUUAUAUUGCUCCUUGGCAAAUCACAUGGGGAUCUGCUUUCCAUGCUUUUGCCCAGCCUUUUGCUGUGCCACAUUCAGCAAUGCUGUUUGUCCAAGCAGCUGUGUCAGCUUUUUUCUCUACUCCACUAAACCCCUUUUUGGGGAGUGCAAUAUUCAUCACUUCUUAUGUUAGACCUGUCAAGUUCUGGGAGAGAGAUUACAACACAAAACGAGUGGACCACUCAAACACAAGAUUGGCUUCCCAGCUUGAUAGAAAUCCAGGUUCCGAUGACAAUAACCUGAAUUCCAUUUUCUAUGAACACUUAACCCGGUCCCUGCAGCACAGCCUGUGCGGGGACCUGCUCCUGGGGCGAUGGGGUAACUACAGCACUGGAGACUGCUUUAUCCUCGCUUCUGACUACCUCAAUGCACUAGUACACCUUAUAGAAAUAGGGAAUGGAUUGGUCACGUUCCAGCUGAGAGGGCUGGAAUUCAGAGGAACUUACUGUCAGCAACGAGAAGUAGAAGCUAUCACUGAAGGUGUGGAGGAAGAUGAAGGGUUUUGUUGCUGUGAGCCUGGUCACAUCCCUCACAUGCUAUCUUUCAAUGCUGCCUUUGGCCAGCGCUGGCUGGCCUGGGAGGUUCUAGUCACAAAGUAUGUGUUGGAGGGCUACAGCAUUACUGACAACAGUGCUGCUUCCAUGCUGCAAGUCUUUGACCUGAGGAAGAUUCUCACCACUUACUAUGUGAAGGGUAUCAUCUAUUAUGUAACAUCCUCUCCCAAGCUAGAAGAAUGGUUAUCAAAUGAAACAAUGCAAGAAGGGCUGCAGCAGUGUGCAGACCAAAAUUAUGUUGAUGUGGACCCUACAUUCAAUCCUAAUAUUGAUGAAGAUUAUGACCACUGCCUAGCAGGGAUCUCCAGAGAGAGUUUUUGUGUCAUUUAUCUUAACUGGAUAGAAUACUGCUGCUCUCGGAGAGAAAAAUCCCUUAAUUCAGAUAAGGAUUCUUCCCUGGUGACUCUUUGCUAUGGACUUUGUGUUCUUGGUCGGAGAGCUCUGGGGACUGCUUCCCACCAUAUGUCUAGUAAUUUGGAAUCCUUUCUGUAUGGGCUCCAUGCCUUGUUUAAAGGAGAUUUUCGUAUCUCAUCAAUUCGAGAUGAAUGGAUCUUUGCAGACAUGGAAUUGCUAAGGAAAGUGGUGGUCCCUGGAAUCCGCAUGUCAUUAAAACUGCAUCAGGAUCAUUUCACUUCUCCAGAUGAGUAUGAUGACCCUGCUAUCCUCUAUGAAGCGAUCACAUCCCACGAGCAAAAUCUCGUUAUUGCUCAUGAAGGGGACCCUGCCUGGAGAAGUGCCGUCCUUUCCAAUUCUCCCUCCCUGCUUGCCCUUCGCCACGUGAUGGAUGAUGGCACCAAUGAAUACAAAAUCAUCAUGCUGAACAGGCGCUAUCUGAUCUUUAGAGUCAUUAAAGUAAAUAAGGAGUGUGUGCGUGGCCUUUGGGCUGGGCAGCAGCAAGAGCUGGUUUUCUUGCGCAAUCGGAAUCCAGAAAGAGGGAGCAUCCAAAACGCAAAACAAGCUUUGAGGAACAUGAUAAAUUCAUCUUGUGAUCAGCCUAUUGGAUACCCAAUUUAUGUCUCUCCUCUGACAACGUCUUACUCAGAUAGCCAUGAGCAGCUCAAAGAGAUUCUUGGAGGUGCCAUCAGUGUGGGAAACAUCAAGAACUUUGUGGUAUCAACAUGGCACAGGUUGCGGAAAGGCUGUGGCGCUGGCUGCAACAGUGGGGGGAACAUAGAAGACUCGGACGCUGGUGGCGGAGCUUCCUGCACAAUCAACAGUGCAAAUGCCAAUGACUCUCAAAGCAGCGUAUUGCAAGGUGGUGGUGGAGGAGGAGGAGGAGGAGGAGGAAGCAUAACAGCUGGGCAGGGACCUGGAACAGGACUGCAUCCUCCUGUCACAUCUCACCCUGCUACUCUAGGCACCAGCCAGAGUGCUCACUCCGUGCAGUCCAGCCUUGUCAGACAUUCCCCUGCUCGUGCCUCAGUUGCCAGCCAGUCAUCUUAUUGCUACAGCAGUCGUCAUUCAUCCCUCCGCACGUCCGCCACUGGCUUUGUGCCUUGCCGACGCUCUUCCACCAGCCAGCUCUCGCUGCGCAACCUUCCCUCAUCCAUCCAGUCACGUCUGUCCGUGGUGAACCAAGUGGAGACCCCUAGCCAGACGGGGGUUGUUAAUGCGCAGCAUGGCCUGCCCUCUUCAAGCAGCUCCAGCCAAAGCAUCCCGGCCUGCAAACAGCAUGCCCUCGUUGGCUUUCUAGGGACAGAUGGAAUGAACAAUAUUGCUGAUGCACAGCCGGGCACAAAUGUGAGCCCUGUAAACCAGAUGCAAGCCAAAAGGGAAGAUGUUGUUUACAGAAUUCAGAUAAUGGAUCCCAGCCAGGUACUGGAAGGGAUCAACUUGUCCAAAAGAAAGGAACUGCAGUGGCCAGAUGAGGUGAUAAGGCUAAAAGCUGGGAGAAACACCUGGAAAGACUGGAGUCCUCAGGAAGGCAUGGAAGGCCAUGUGAUUCACCGUUGGGUGCCUUGCAGCAGAGAUCCUGGGAGUAGAUCUCACAUAGACAAAACCAUCCUGCUUGUCCAGAUUGAAGACAAAUAUGUUGCUGUAAUUGAAACUGGAGUCCUGGAACUAGGGGCUGAAGUGUGACCUGCUUUAAAUACUUCUUGUCCUUCUCCCAAAAGUUUAGAAAUGUGGUGGGGGCCUCAAGAGGAUGUACCUAAUGCCUCAAGAAAUCAGAAGAAACUUGAAAACCAAGAGGGUGGGUGUCUCAACCUCUGGCACCAAGUAAGGGGGCUUUGGGGGAGCAUUUUUCAAGUUAGCUACUGAGGAAAACAUUGUGCAUGAAUGGUAUACAUGACAUAUCUUUUGUUUUAUACUUUAUUUUAUGCAUUGCAAUGCUUUAAAAAACCCCAAUUUUCCCUUUUUAAGAUAGGAAAAUCUUAUCUUUUAAAUUAUUUUUCCAAAAAUGGCCAUGAUUUGCCACAGUGAUGUGGCUUCUGUUCAUUUUUUAAGUUUGGUGUAAAGCAGAACUUUUUGAGUUCAGUGUAAAGCAGAAACGAGGGUUUAUUCAUGGCAAGAGUGACCAGACUUAAAGAUUCUUAUUCCUUGUGAGUAAAAACUUUUUGAGAAAACUGCACUAAUACUUUUUUUUAUGGCAAUGCACUAAAAACCCUCUGAGAUUGCUCAGACCAUUUAUUUAUAUAUAUAUUAUAUGUAUAUAAAUAUAUAAAAAGAAGAAAGGCCAUUAUUUAAAUUGCCUUUGGGAUUAACCCCCUCCCACUCCAUAGUCAUACUGGUGGUAGGAACUGUGCCAUUGAUUCAUUUUUUGGCUUAAUGCACUAGAUUGCAUCCCAGUGGAUUCAUUCUACCCUCUUCACCAUAUAUGACAUAGUACCAAGAAUUAACCAAUAAAACUUCAAAGGUUUCUGCUUUUGGUGAAUCCAGUUCACAGUUAAAAUGUGCAGCAAUGUCACCCUUUUAUGGUGGGCCUAACCACACAAUUGUGCAUUUCCUUCCUUCAGCUGCUUUCUACCUGGAGUCAGCUAAAAUAUUAGUAUCCUUUAGAAGAAGUGUGCUUUUUUGAGGGAAACUGGAUAAGGUCCAGUAAUUCAAAUGAGACUGUGUCUUUCUCUGUGCAUUGGGACUUCUCUUGUUAUUCAGUCAGAUGCAACAACUUGACUUUUUUUAAGAGAAAAGCUGUAGGAGGCACAGCCAGACUGUCGUAUUAUUUGUACCAUUUCGCCUUUUAGCUCCCUUCAGUCAUUAUUAUUUUUUGUGACUUGAAUUUUAUUUUCAGUGGUUAUAUAUUCUAUAAUAACUGUACUUUGUAUAACUGUGAAACUGAUUUAUGUUGCAUAUCUUAGGUUUUACUGUGUUUGGGGUUAUUUUAGUGUGUGCUUUCAGGGAAACAAGUUACUCAAAUAGCAUUGGGGUGAGGAGAGGAUGUGGCAGCUUCUGCAGCUCUCUCACCGCAUUCAUGAAAAGUUGUAUGUAUAGUGAUUGUUUCCUGUGUAUGAUCUGGAACUCUGUGGGGCUCUCAAGGAAACAGAACACAGUCUGCAAUUGUAGCUUUUAGAAGCAGCCAUCUUUUAUUCACUUUAACUCUCUCGAUCUUAAGUUAAAAUGAUUCAUGGGUGAUCUUGCAAGGGAGGAAUGAUUGUGAAAUCAAAAUCAUUACAUACCUAAGAGCUGAAGUUUUCACAGUGUCAGAAAAUACAAUGUAAUGUCCUAACACAAAUUAUCAGAUGCCAUGAAAAAUAGCCUUUGGGCUGUGCAAAGUGUCAGUCAGUUGAAACUGUUCCUAGUGUGCUGGACAUAGGAUCUUGAUAAGGUCACACACUAUGCAGAAUUUUUCAUUUUCUAGUUGUGCAGUUUUCACAGAUGCAGGAAACUCAUAUGUUGCUGCUGUUCUUCCAAAAUUAAGGAUAUGAUUUUAUACUCAUACAAUGUGAAAUCACAUACUUAAUUUUGGGAAAUCAGCAGCCUACAUGCAUGAAUGUAAGAAAAUCUUUGGAAAGGUUUUGUUCUCUGGCCUGAGCUAUUACUGCCUGCAUACAUUAAUUAUGACAGGUGUCUAAUGCCAUCCAGUUAGUACCUGAAUCUAUCAGCAGUUUCAUCAUUUUGGCGUUACUGAAGCAAACUUCUGUGUGUUUUUGAUGGGUCUUGGCUGCCUUCUUGAGUGAUAGUUUAUUUAUUCAUUUAUCCCUCCCAUCUAGAGCUUCCCAAAGAUUCUAAGGGGAAGAGCAACCAACCCUUUCAGAAAAUAGUGAUCUUGCACAUAGCACAUCAGAAACCUUUGUUUUCAAGUAUCAUCUUAAAGAUGCAAUGACUGGAAUAUAAUAUUGCCUAUGUCACAUUUCUCUGAGAACAAGAUUUUCAUUAUCUAGCUGGAAACAAACACCCUACAAUUGUGUGACUGAAGUCACAAUCCUAUGCAUGUUUGGACAGAGAAAAGGCCUACAAUUCCCAGCACAACAUAGCCUUGUGUAGGUCCUUUUCUGUCUAAACAUGCAUAUGAUUGUGCCCUUAGAAUAUCAGGCAUAAUUGUCUAAUUUGAAAUUUAGAAAUUAACAGAUUGAGAUGUUAAGGUUUCUGGUAUGUUCAUAUGUAGACGCAUUUAAAUUUUGCUCAGUUGUUGAACACGUGUUUCCAGUGUGCAAGUUUUUUGAUGAACAUGGUUUCAGGUACACCUUUAUUGGGUAUACAUCUCAUCUAGUUAGCAGUAAAUAUCUCACAAGAAGAUACACAGCUCCAGUUUCACUCUCAGAUUGCUUAACUUGUCCAUGUCCCAUUAAUUUGGGAGUUUGCUCUGGGAUUUCUGGCUCUUAAUGUAGGACCACCUGCUUAGUGCAUGUGCAGUUUCUACAGAAAGCCCAUCUGCUUUUCUGCUUGCUCACUCCAUUAGGUGGGCUUGCAGGCCAAAAAUAUUAAAUUGCUACCCAACUGCAUUAUGUGGAGCUGUAAUACAAUUCAGCGCCUCACUGGAUUUAUUACAACUCUAGUAAGAUGUGCAAGCAUUUUUGAUGCUUAAAGCUUUCCAAAACUCUUUGCCAUUAAUACUCAAUAUCUGCAUGAAGCCAGUAAUCCAUUAGAUUGAUUUAUUUCUGCUUAGAUAUUUUAUGAUAGUUUUUCUACAUUGGUUAUUUCUAUACUUAACAAUCUGACUACCCAGCUUUUGAACACAAAAGCACGCUUAACUUCCCAGUCAAUGCCCUGGGAAAAUAAAUCAGGAACUUUGCUUACCUCAUUUUGAAAUGCUUUGAUUUUCUUGAAGAACACGCAGUCCUACUUGUACCAAAUGUUGGAGUAGUGGAUGAUAGACCUUCCUGUAAUCUAAGAAUGGAAACUGAAGAACUUUUUAAAGAAUGGCAUCCCUAGUAAGAGCAUCUGACAUGUUUGUUACUCUUAAUUGAUUUUUGGCAUUGCCUCCCAGUCUUACUGCUGGAGAGCUAGUGGCUACAAAAUUGUGUGCAAAUGCUGGGAUGGUAAGGCCAAGGACCUAAAUUUUUUGCUUUGGGACAAAACUUCAGCAAAGGAGGCAGUAAAAUCCCUUCUUCUGAGACCAGAUAACCCAGUGAUGUUCAAAACCCUUUUAAGAAAUAGUAAUAUCUAAUCCAACUGGAGUAGUACAAAUGAAAGAACCUUUCACACCAUAUAGAAACACUUCAUAUUAGGUAUGGGGUUAAGCCACCAUGGUAUUAUAUACCUAAUUUUAUUAAGGAGAUUUUUUUGCCUAUUAUAUAGGUUUCUACUUGUCUGGCCUUACUUAGUGUUUGAUAACCCAAUGCCCUUUGCUCUGUGAUGCUAGACAGUGUAACAAAUUAUAGCAGUAUUUAAGAUGUGCCUUAGUAAAAUGUCUGUGGGUACAUAAAACUUUGGUGGGAGUUACUACCCUUGACUAGUUCUCACCCAGAUUUUUAAACAGGCUGUUUUUAAGAUGGCUGCUCCAAAAGGCUUCAGGUGUAAUGCAUUAUUCAUAGGCACACACUUUUUGAAAAGAAAAAAAUGCCAUUUAGAUGUUUCUACUCUGUACACACACAAACUAGUAAAGUUGCUCAGCUUAUGACUUCAACACAUGGAAAUUGCAUAGCUUGAGGGUCAAACUUUAGUGUCCUUCUGAACCUUAGCCUGACAAUGAACUGCUAAUGAUUAUAUAGAGGUAGGAGGGAGGAAAGAUAGCAAGUUGGAAAGUGGAAUAUAUACUCUGCAUCUACCAGCAUAUGGAGAUUUUGCCAGGGAUAUAGGGGUAUGUGUACUUGGCGCGUCAGUGAGUGUGUGCGCGCGUGUGUGUAUGUGCGUCUGCGUGUAUGUUGUUGGAAACAGCCUGUAAAUAGUGUAGCUGUUUAAAUCUGGGGAAAGCUGAGGAGAUUUGUUUGCAACUUGUUGCAAUGAAAAGAACAGUAUUGACAGUGAAGAAACACUGAAAAUAAAAAAACAAAAUCCUUUUC